GAACUGCUCAGGAAACCACGGACCGAACUCGAGUUUGUCGCUACCUGCUAUCCUGCGUUUCCCAGGGCCGUGUGCCUUUGCUUUGGCCUCUUCUUACCUAAAGUACAUAACCAAACCCUAGAUUUUGGGGCCUUCCCGCCCUUACAGACCAUGCACUGACCGCUCGGCCCCACGGCCUUUCAGGCGAGAUUCAGCACCUCAUUUAGGCCGAACAGUCAAUCAGUUGACGCCUAGCAGCGAUGGAGAAGGCUCCGUCGCUGUCUGGGCCCGCGAGGGAAGCUCUUGCACGGACCUUCUCGCCUGAGCGCCCCUUGAACAUGAAGAGCUCGAUGGUCCAGCUCACUCCGCCUGUGCAUCCAAACUCAUCGCCUGACUUGAGAGGAUUUCAGACACCAGUUCAGCAGGUUCGGGGCGGCGAGGAGUGGGCAUCCGCCCGCCGUGCGUCUGGCGCAGGCGACCGAGACCAGGAUUUUCAGGACCAUAUGGCGCAGCACAUGCAGCAGACCCUUAACAAGGAGUGGGACACGCUAUUGUGCGGGGCCGACGUGCCAGACAUCCGCAAUGGCGCGGACGUGUUUAGGGCUGUGCGCUCGGACCUGCGCUCUAUGGCCAACGCGCUGAAAACCAGCUUCAGUCUUAUGGUAGACAAUCGCCAUUACUCGGGGUCCGCCGCACGAGUGAGCGAGCAACAGAUAGCGGAGCUCAAGACAGUGGCGAAGGACAUGGCCAGCGCCACGCGUCUGGCUACCGACAAUUAUAACCUGCAGGUGGAGCUGACGCUGCAGCGGCACGCCAGCCAGUUCAUGCUGAGCCAGAUGCACGAGCAGCAGCUACAGCUCAUGGCCAAGGAGGAGGAACUGGAGGCGCUCCGCGCGGAGGCUCACCGCGCCUCGGCCGCUGAGUCCGCGGCCUCCAGCCUGCGCUCGCUCAACGCGGCGCUGCAGGCGGAGGCGCAGAACGCCAGCGGCGAGCUGCUGGAGCUGCGGCGGCGGGAGCGCGAGCUGGAGGAGGCGCUGGCGGGCGCGCGCCGGUCGGCGGCGGCGGCGGAGGCGCGCCUGCGGGAGCUGGAGUUGCUGGACGAUCACGGCGGCAUCCACACACCGCCGGGCGAGGCGGCGGAGGGCCGCUCCCAUUUCGACGCCGGCGCGCUGGCGGCCGUGGCGGCGGCGCUGGGCGUGCCGGCGCACCCGCACGGCGACGGCGCCUCCGCCGCACAGCACGGCAGCGGCCACCCGCCGCUGCACCCGCACCUGCACGCGGAGGGCGGCUCGCGGAGGGCCAGCGGCACGGGCGGCGAGGGCGGCGAGCACGCGCGGCACGUGCACAUGCGGGUCAUGGACCUGCCCGCGGACAUCCGGCGCCACGUGGCCAAGCUGCUGCGGCGCCGGGACCUGGAGGCCGCCAAGCUGCGGGCCGACAAGGCCGAGCUGGAGCAGCAGCUGGCGCAGGCAAAGCGGCUGGCGGCGGCGGCAGCAGCGGCGCCAGCCGCCCCCGUUGCCACCCCGGCGGGCCGGUCGGUAGUGGACGGGAUGGAUAUCUCGCCUACACGCCACACGCCGGCGGCGGCCGCGGGCGUGGCGGCGGGCGUGGCGGCGGCGCGGGCCUCGGGCGGGCGGCGCGCCAGUGCGGACUCGUGGGUGUCGGAUGACGAGUUUGACUGGGGCUCGGGCCCAGUGGAGGAGGCGUACCAGGUGGCCACCCACGGCCAUGCCCAGACGCACAGCAGCCUGCAGCAGCGGCCCAAUCACAGGCAGCAGCACCCCGGAGCAGGCGCCGACACCAGCAGCACAAGCAGCAGCGGCCAGGACGCGGGCGCGCAGCUCGCGGCGGCGAACGAGGCGCUGGCACGGCUGCGGCAGGAGCUGGAGCAGGCGCGCGCGCGGGCGGAGCAGCAGGCGAAAGAGCUGGCGGCGGCGACGGCGGCGCGUGGAGCUGCGGAGGCGCGGCUGACAGAGGUCGAGGCGCGGGCUGCGGUGGCGGAGGUGGAGCACGGCGCCGCGGCGCAGGACGCGAACGCGGCCCUGGCGGAGGCGCACCAGCAGCUUGAGGAGCUGCGGACUGCGCACGGCGACCUGCAGCGCAGCGCCGGCCAGGACGCAUCCGCCAGCGUGGCUGCGGCGACCGCGGCCGAGGCGCGCGUGGCGCGGCUGGAGUCCGAGCGGGAGGUCAUGCAGCAGCAACUGGCGGAGGCGCUGCGGGCGGCGGCGCGGGCGGACGCGGCGGCGGCGGGCGCGGUGGAGGCGGCGGGCUCUUCUUCCUCUCGGCUGUCUGAGGAGAACAGCAAGCUGCGGGGCGAGCUGGCGGAGGUGCAGCUGCGCCUGGCGGAGGCGAAGGCGGAGGCAACGGCUGCGCGGGAGGCGGCGGCCACGGCGGCUAAGACUGUGGCGGAGGCGGAGGCGCGCGAGCGCAAGGCGGCGGAGGUGGCUGCCAAGGACGUGGAAACGUCGCGGCAGCGGCUGCUGAAGCUGCAAAAGGACAUGAACGACCUGCGUGCGGAGACAGCGACCGCCAAGUUCGAGCUUGCGGCGGCGUCGCGCGAUACAAAGGCCGCCAAUAGUGAGAAGCUGCGGGCGCAGCGUGAGAUGGAGGAGUGCCGCGAGCGCAUGCGCCUGGCGGAGGCCGCGGCAGAGGAGCUGACGGCUAAGCUGCAGGCGGCGGAGACAGAGCGGCGGGCGCUGGAGGCGCGCAUUGCGGAGGUGGAGGCGGAGGCGGUGGUGGCGGCUAUGGAGGCGGAGGCGGCGCGGGAGGGCGCGGGGCCACAGGUUGGCGGCGUGGACGCGGAGGCGCACGCGGCGGAGCUGCAGCGGCGGGAGGAUGCGCGCGCAGCGGAGGCGGCGCGGGCGGAGGCGGCGGAGCGCUGCGCGGCCGAGCUGCGGGCCGCGCUGGCGGCCGCGCAAGGUGAGGUUGCCGAGGCGCGGGGCCGCCUGGCAGCGGAGCUGGCGGAGGCACGGGCAGGCCUAGCCAUGGCCCGGUCAGAGGCGGCGGCAGCGGCUGAGUCGGCGCGGCGGCAGGUACAGGCGCUAGAGCACAAGGUGGCGGAAGCGCACCAGGAGGCGGCAGCUGCAGGAGCGAGGUCGGGCGCGGGCUCGGCAGCAGCGGCGGCGGAGGUGGAGGCGCUGCAGGAGCGGCUGGCGGCGGCGGAGGCGCGGGCGGCGGAGUUGGAGGCGCAGGCGGACACGCUGCGCCGCGCCGCCGAGGAGGCCGAGAUGGCGGCGGAGGCGGCCACGUCACUGCUGGAGUCGGCGCAGGAGGAGGCGGAGGCGGCAAGGGCGCAGCUGGCGGAGGCGCGCAGUGCCGCCGCAGCUGCGGCAAAGGCGCAGGAGUCGGAGCCGCGGCUUAGGGAAGAGCUUGCAGCGCUGCAUGCGCGACUGGCAAAGGCGCAGGCGUCUGCAGCUGAGGCCGCCGUAACGGCGGCUACAUUGGUCGCCGGAGCGGUUGCGUCCCCAGGCACCAGUGCCAGCAGCAGCGAUGCCGGUGUGAGCCGGGUCGCCUCUCCGGAGACGGCACGCGCACGUGCCAUCGCCGCGCUCGCCGGCGGUGCCGGCGGCGCAGCUCCGGACGGCGCCGCCGCCGCGCGCGUGCCGGAGGUUGAUGACGACGACGAUGAGGGCGCCAGUGAUGACGUGGUGACGCUUCGCGCGCGCUGCCGCGCGUUGCGGGGGGAGCUGGGGCUGGUGCGGUGCCGGCUGGCGGCUCUGCUUGAGGUGUCGGAGGCGGCGGCGGCGGGGCGGCUGGAGGAGGCGCUAGCGGACGCGCGCGCCGCGGCGGCGGCUGGCGAGGUGGCCACUGAUGAGGCGUUCUGGUCGCACAACAGCGAGGUGCACUCCAUGUACUCGUUGGUCGCUGCUCUGCGCGCCACCGCGCUGCACCACGGCCCCACCUACGGCGACACGCGCGCUGACGGCGCCGGCAGCCUGGUGGGCGCCACUGCGGGCAGCCUGGCGGCCUGCCACCGGCGCAAGAUGCUCGCGGCGCUGCGGCUGCGCUGCGGCCAGGUCGGCGAGUUGCUGGCGGAGGCGUCGGCUAUGGUGCGGGCGCCGCGCGCCGACGGGGCGGGAGCAGCGGCGACAGCAGGAGGUGCAGGCGGGAGCGCUGCUUCGUCGUCCGGGGGCGGUUCUGGUGGUGGCGCUGGGGCGGGGCUUGGGCGACUGGCGUCGGCACCUGUGGCUGCGUCGGCUGGGGUGUCUGGGAGAGGAACAGCGGGCGGCGGGCACGGCGCGGCGGGGCUACAGCACUCGUCUGCGGCGUUUGACCUGCGGUCCGACUACGACAGCUACGGCGGCGGUGGCGGCGGUGGCCACACCCACUCGGACGGUGGCGACGCCAACGGCCACGGCGGCGCCGGGCAUCACCACCACCACCACCAUCACCACCAACACGGCGGCGCACAUGCCACAGCUCAGCUGCACAGCGGUCCGCUGGGGCAGCUGGCGGCUAGCAGCAGCUUCACCUCGGGCACCGGCAGCAGUCUGGCGGACGGCGAGGAAAACGACUUCGUGAGCCUGCAAAACAUGUAUGAGCUGCCGCCCAUGGCCACGCCGCCCAGGUUCGACUUUGCGGACCUGGCUAUGCCGUGACGCAGUGGUGGUGGUGCUGCUGUUGGCGGUAGCGGUAGCUGGAAGGAAGGAUGGGGCUUAUGAGGAGGGUGGCGAUCCGGCAUUCGGAUGCGGUUUUGUGAACACGAGGGCAGAGUUAGCGGCAUGUGACCCCGAAGCGCGGCGAGUCCCCAUUCGGGCGGGAGGGAGGGCGGAGGGGACAGUUGACCGAUUUCAGGUGGUGUGUGCAUGGACAGCCGUGUAGACAUGGCUAAGCAGAGGCAUCAGAUGGCAGGAGGGCGACAGGAGUAAAGGACGUGUAUCGUAGUGUAGUCUAGGCUUAAUCCGACGGCGGCAGCUUUCGUGACCCCGGCUGACAGUGUUUGGGGGCGAGGGGGGGGGGGGACGACCUGAUGCAGACAUACGCAAGCUGAUGAGCUGAACCAUGGUGCUGGAUGCCCUCAUGGAUGCCCCGUGCGGGAGAAUAUGCAAUGUCAGUCCUGCGAACACGCACAC